UCGGUGUUUCCUCUGUCUCUCUCUGUCUGUCCCUGUCUCUGUCUCUCUGUCUCUCUGUCUCUCUGUCCCUGUCCCACCCCGCGGGUGUAUUAACACAAUAAUAUCUACAGUUUUAUUCUUCACUCGGAGUUUUAUCUCUCGCGGGUUUGUUGCGGAUGUUGCGCGUGGGAGUGCGCGUGGACACCGAGCGGAAUGGCGCGCGCGCUGCUCCAGAUGCUCACAGCUGUUCUGGCGCUGGACAUGCAUCAGCUCAGGGUUACAGCAGCAGCGAAGGAGACAGACAGGCGUGGAUCUUCACUCACUAUGUCUCCGUCUGAUUUCCUGGACAAACUCAUGGGGAAGACGUCUGGCUACGACGCGAGGAUACGACCCAACUUCAAAGGUCCUCCUGUAAACGUCACCUGCAACAUUUUCAUCAACAGCUUCGGCUCUGUCACAGAGACCACCAUGGACUACAGAGUGAACAUUUUCCUUCGUCAGACCUGGAACGACCCGCGCCUUGCCUACAGCGAGUACCCGGACUCCUCGCUGGAUUUGGACCCGUCCAUGUUGGACUCGAUUUGGAAACCCGACUUGUUCUUCGCCAAUGAGAAGGGCGCCAACUUCCAUGACGUCACCACGGACAACAAACUCCUGAGGAUCUUUAAGGAUGGAAACGUUCUUUACAGCAUCAGGUUGACACUGAUUCUGUCCUGUCCGAUGGAUUUGAAGAACUUCCCCAUGGACGUUCAGACGUGCACCAUGCAGCUGGAGAGCUUCGGCUACACGAUGAAUGACCUGAUCUUCGAGUGGUUGGAGACGGGGCCGGUGCAGGUUGCCGAGGGCCUGACGCUGCCUCAGUUCAUCAUCAGGGACGAGAAAGAGCUCGGCUACUGCACCAAACACUACAACACCGGAAAGUUCACCUGCAUUGAGGUGAAGUUCCAGCUGGAAAGACAGAUGGGCUACUAUCUGAUCCAGAUGUACAUCCCCAGCCUGCUCAUCGUCAUCCUGUCCUGGGUGUCCUUCUGGAUCAACAUGGACGCCGCGCCGGCUCGAGUCGCCCUCGGCAUCACCACCGUGCUCACCAUGACCACACAGAGCUCCGGCUCCAGAGCCUCGCUGCCAAAGGUGUCAUAUGUGAAGGCCAUAGACAUCUGGAUGGCGGUGUGUUUGCUGUUUGUCUUCGCGGCACUGCUGGAGUACGCCGGAGUGAAUUUUGUCUCGAGGCAGCAGAAGGAUUUUAUUCGCCUCAAACGGAGACAGAGACGAAAUAUCAAGGAGGAGGAGCUCAGAGAGGGGCGUUUUCAUUUCUCGGGCUACGGCAUAGCGACAUGCGUGAAGGACGGCAUGGCGGUGAAAAGUGACGGUGCCGUGCAGCAAACCUCGGUCGAGAACAAUAAGAGGAAGUUUGUGGACCGGGCGAAGAGGAUCGACACCAUCUCCAGAGCGGCGUUUCCCCUGGCCUUCCUCAUUUUCAACAUCUUCUACUGGAUCACCUACAAAAUAAUCCGAAACGAAACCACCGCCAAAGUGUAGCAGCCGAGGGUGAGAGAGAAGCCGCUGUAGCAGCACAUGGUCGAGGAGGAACAGCAGCGAGGGAGCGGCAGGCGCCGGUCGAUUUUAAUCAGGGAUGAAACGCGAGGCCAGGAUUUACAGACGGUUAGCGAACAGCGUGUUCCAGAUGAGAUGAGCGUGAGGAAGAGUCCAGCUCGAUCAGUCAGUCAGUGAGGAACGUCAGCUUUAACUACAAGCGUCUCACAUCUAUAUAGGGUGAACAGUACAGGAAACAGUAACGGGAAAAGCCAUUUAUAAAUCCUCCAUGGACAGGUCACAUGGUCACAUGGUCACAUGACUGGAUGAUGAUGAUGGUGAGCGUUUUUAGCUUUAUUAAUACAACAACAUGACUCUCACUAGGACCGGAAUCAC